AUGCCUAACCACGCAGAUCAUAGUAAUUAUAGCGCUGGCCUUUCCAAGAGUGAGGUCUUGGAAAGCGUCUUGCUUUCAUACGAAGCUUUAAGCUCAGAUACUUCAAACUGGGUUGCCAAUUUGGCAAACUGUUCUUCAUUAGUGUGGCAUGCCUACCAUUCAUUGGGCAUCAAGGUAAACUGGGCAGGUUUUUACGUAUUGAACAAAGAGGUUGAAGGCGAAUUGAUAUUAGGACCGUUCCACGGAAAAGUGGCUUGCCAAACAAUCAAGAUUGGCAAGGGCGUAUGUGGAGCUGCAGCACAGACGAAAGAAACUCAAUUGGUAGCCAACGUACACGAAUUUCCAGGUCAUAUCGCGUGUGACGGCGAUACAAACAGCGAGAUUGUGGUUCCUUUGGUGAAGGACAAUGUCACUUUCGGGGUAUUAGAUAUUGACUGUUUGGAAUUAAAUGGUUUUGAUGCAACGGACAGAGAAUACUUGGAGAAGUUAGCACAGCUCAUCAUACAUUCUUGCACUUGGUAA